AUGGUUUUAUUCUUUUUAUUACUGUCGUUUUCGUUGUCGGCAUGUACCACACGUAAACCGCUUCUCUUUAUUCCUGGUGUGAUGUCCACUGUGUUAUAUUCAAAAUUAGACAUUCCCGACACUGUCCCACAUUCUGUUAUUCCUGAAGAGUGUGUUCGUGCAAGUCCGGAGUUUCUUCUUUGGCAAAACGUUUCUUUUCUGAGUAAGAAUCCUAUUUGCAAUUUUGCAUAUAUCAAACAACAAUACAACGAAAAGACCGAAUUAUUAGAAACUAUAGAAGGUGUUGAUAUAACAGUUCCCGAAUUUGGAAGCACAUUUGCUUGUUCGAAAUUGGCCCCAAAUGUUCCUGGGAAAAGCACCGAUUAUUUACGACCAGUUUUUCAACGAUUAGAGAAACAAGGGUAUCAAGAUGGUGUAGAUCUUUUCUGUGCCGGGUAUGAUUGGCGAAAAGCGCGAUAUACCCUGGACUCCUAUAUCUCCGAUACAAUUUCUUUAAUUAAAAAAAUCAAAGCGGAAACAAAGCAAAAAGUGAUGAUUGUCUCUCACUCCUAUGGUGGACUCAUUUCGACUUUCUUGGCAGACAAAUUUGAUGAUAUAGAAAAUUAUAUAGAAAAUUAUAUGUCCGUAGCAACCCCAUAUGCAGGGGCAUUUUUGUCUGUCCAAUCAAUGCUUUCGGGACUCGACUGGGUGCCUGUCGACCCAAAACUGUUUACUGAUGCCUCCCGAAAUAUCGAAGCAAAUUAUCAAAUGCUUCCAAACCCUCAAUAUUGGGGAACACAAAACAUCUUAAAAGUCGGAACACAAACUUUUACCGCACAAAAUUUCGGAGACGUUUUAACUCGACUUGCUCCCUUUGGAAAACAAAUGGAGCAAAAAUUGAGGUACACAUUCGGCAAAAUGCCAAACGUGAAUUUGACUUGUGUAUAUUCAAGUGGCGAGGAGACUGCUGAAUAUGCCGAAUUCGAUGACUGGUCUUUCGAAAAUGGAAGAUAUCAAUUCGGUGAUGGGGAUGAUACCGUCAACUUAAAUUCUUUGGAGUACUGCAAAGAGCUUGGUUUCACUUUAAAACACAUGGGCAAGAAAACUCACAUGACGGUGAUCACUUCAGAAGAUUUCACAAAUUAUUUACUCGGCUUUGUUUGCGACAAAUAA